AUAUGUAUAAACAUCUUGUAUCGAGCGUUGCAAUUCUCGUGUUAUCGAUAUUUUGCAUACUACAUAAUAGUACGGAACAGAACCACAAUUUGUAGAUAGCGUGUUAUCCAUUGAAAAGUUCAUUCAUUUGGCUAUAUAGUUCAAUGUUUAUGUUUUGUGAACAUAGAGGCGCUUCGAAUACAGGUUCCAUCACUUCCAUCUAAACUUGGAGCACGAUCGCAUCAGCUCUUAAGCUUUUUUAAAUCAAAUGCUAAUUAACACACACACAUACAAUUCGAUCUUUGAAAGUCAUUCAAACUGUGCUUGAAUUAUUUAAAAUGCGAGAUAAAUAGAGAUUACAGUAAAGAAUGGCAAGUGUAAUGGAGCAAGAAUUACCUCUAGCAGAAUUACUGCAAUGUGGAAUCAAAUUUCAUAAGUUUGAUGCCAGAGUCGGUGAUGUUACUAUUAAUUGUGAAAUCAUGAAGAUGAAAGAUUCUUUGUAUCUAUGGAUAGGAGAUUAUACUAAUCCCACCAUGGAAGAUCUGUCCUUCUCUUUUACAUCAAACAUUGGAACACAACCCAUUGCGACCAAAAUUAUGGGUGCUAUAGCAGAUGCUACAUCUACAAACAUGGCUAAGAGAUUAAGCAUAAAGAUUGGAAAACCAGUAUAUGUUAGUUUUAAUGUGACAGCAGACAAUAUGUUAUUGUUAGGGAUUGAAAAGAGAAUACAAGAAGAAUUCAAGAUGCAUAAUGAUUUAUUUGACUUUGAGCAUUAGCAGAAAAUUUUAUAGGAUAUUUAUUUCAAGAACUUUUUGUUAGUAAUGGAUUUUCUAUUAGUUUGUAUACUGAAAAGAAAUAAAUAAAUA